GACGUCACGCCACUCAGGAAAUUCAAACACUCCACACACACGCAUAUACAGAAGCACGCACUGUCGGCGGCAUCGUUCUCCUCCAAGGUCACCGAGCCUGCGGCCCCUCGUCCGGUCUGCGGACACGCACAAGCGAGUCUUUCUUCUCACGUCAAGUGAAGAGCCAGUGUCUGUCCAGUGAUGCCACCCCCAGUCACCGGCCCACCAGCCGUGCCCCCGCCGGACGGCGGUUGGGGCUGGGCCGUGGUGGUGGCGUCGUUCAUCUCCAUCGGCUUCUCGUACGCCUUCCCCAAAGCGAUCACAGUCUUCUUCAAGGACAUCCAGAUCAUCUUCGGUGCCUCGUACAGUGAAAUUGCAUGGAUUUCCUCCAUCAUGCUCGCCGUCAUGUACGCCGCAGGUCCCAUCAGCAGUAUACUGGUGAACACCUACGGCUGCAGGCCCAUCGUCAUGAUGGGUGGCUGCCUCUGCGCUGUCGGCAUGACCCUGGCUUCAUUUUGUAACAGCGUGGUGCAGCUUUACCUCUGCAUCGGCGUUAUCGGUGGACUUGGAUUGGCAUUCAACCUGCAACCAGCUCUUACCAUGAUUGGCAAAUACUUCUACAAGAAGCGUCCGAUCGCCAAUGGGCUAGCCAUGGCCGGGAGCCCGGUUUUCCUCAGCUCGUUGGCGCCGCUCAACCAGUACCUUUUCAACCAGUUUGGCUGGAGAGGAAGCUUCCUGAUCCUGGGCGGCCUGCUGCUCAACUGCUGCGUGGCCGGCUCGCUCAUGCGGCCUCUCGGACCGCCGCCGUCCAAGCUGAAAAAGGAGGAAGUGGUAAGCGCCAAGGAAAAGCGCACCGCGUGGCAAUUGGUCAACAAGUACCUGGACUUGACGCUCUUCAAACACCGCGGCUUUCUCAUCUACCUAUCCGGAAACGUCAUCAUGUUUCUGGGCUUUUUCGCGCCGAUUGUUUUCCUGGCCGCUUACGCCAAAGACAUGGGCGUGGAUGAGUACUCCGCCGCGUUCCUCCUCUCCAUACUGGCUUUUGUGGACAUGUUUGCCAGACCCUCAAUGGGCCUUCUAGCCAACACGCGUUGGAUUCGACCCAAGAUUCAGUAUUUCUUUAGCUUCGCCGUGCUCUAUAACGGCGUUUGUCACAUCCUCUGCCCGUUGGCUAGCACCUACACCGGCUUGGUGGUCUACGCCGUCUUUUUCGGAUUUGCCUUCGGCAUGGUCAGCUCAGUGUUGUUUGAGAGUCUCAUGGACCUGGUCGGGGCUCAGAGGUUCUCCAGUGCAGUCGGACUCACCACGAUUGUGGAGUGCUGCCCGGUUCUCCUCGGACCACCGAUAGCAGGAAAACUGGUCGACGUGAGCGGGAAUUACAAGAUCAUGUAUUUCUGCUGCGGCGCCGUAGUAAUCUUGGCUGCCUUGUGGCUAUUCAUCGGUAACUUCAUCAAUUACAGACUUCUAGACCGUGAGCGUAAACUAGAGCAGUAUAAGCCCGCCGGUUCAGAGGACCCAGACGCGGUGCAAAAACGGGCUGCACCCGAGGCCGGUGAUGCGAAACAACCGGACGAAGAGAAAGCCCAGGAGCCCAUGCAACGAGAAACCAAUAUGUAAGAGUUUUUUUGUCUUCUAACAAACUGAGCUUCAAGCCGAGAGAGUGCCUCGCGGUGUUCCACCUGGCUCCAUUCAGGGUCCUCUGCAACUCUUCAAAACUGCCAAAGCAACAAACGUGCAGAACAAAAGUGUAAGAUACUUGACUCACAUUGAAUUAACUGUAAAUAUGAAUUAAAAAAAAAGCUUUCCACAAAUAUCUCCCCAAACCGAACAUGCCAGUGUAGCUAUUAACACGUCUUCCGAUGUAAACUAACUUUUGUGUUGCACUUUUUUCCCCUCAAAGGUGUUAAACAGUGUUGCAAAGUCCGCCUGUCCUUGAUUUUGUCUCGAAGUCGCUCACGCAGAAAGGCGUGGACGACGGCUUCAGCUUUCAAACGGCUCCAACUAGUUGUCCGUGUCAACGGCGUCAUUUUAAAAUGUCGCCGAGCAGGAAAAAGAAAUGCCAGCUCCUCAUUGGCAGCCUCCACGUCCCCCUCUGGUGCCCUCCAGAGACCCCUCGGGCAUUACUGCUUUCACUGUACAAGCUGUAAUUAUUCCAAAAAAGCAAAACUGAAUGUACUCUACUAUACCAGCCUUAAUAUUAAGGCAAUAAUGACCAAAAUCAUCAGCAGAUAAUAUUUAUUUAGUCUUUUUUUGCCUUAAAUAUAAUUGAAGGAAUCACGCUAAUGUUGACCAAAAUGUCCAUGUAUUAAUGUCGUACCCCCCACCCAAAAUUAAUAAUAAAAUUAAGCUUUUAUGUCAAGUUACUUCCUAUAUUUAAAAAAUAUAUAUAUAUUUAAAUAUAUAGUGUUAAAUUUUUGACAUUUUUUUCAGUUUUCAACUGUAUUUUUUAUACCUUAGCCAAAUCCACCAUCACUGUGGUUUGUAUGACUUUGAAUGUUUUCUCACUCAAUCUAUGAAAUUCACUAUGCAAACUAAUUUUGAGAGACAACGAGAACCAAAAGUGGUAUUUGCCAUGUGGCAAAAUUGGUUUUGCUAUGUGGCAUUUUUUUGCCAUGUGGCUUUUAUUUGUCAUGUGGAAAAAUGGAUUUUGCCAUGUGGCAUUAUUUUUGACAUGUGAAUUUUUUUUGCCAUGUGGCAAAAUAGAUUUUGCCAUGUGGCAUUAUUUUUGACAUGUGAAUUUUU